AAUCUACCCUGCACCACACACCUAUAUCCCUGAUAUGAUACAUGCAAUUCUCUCCUCUAGACACUGCAUGGCUUCUCUUGAAAAGUUUAUACUUAUAUAUGGUGUCUCUGGAAAGCCAUGAACGAUAAUCUGUUGGGCAAGAAAAUUCAUAAACCUUAAAGGUUUAUGCACCUACAUGAGCAAUUUUACAGCAGGGGUACUGGGGUAGGCUUGAUGAAGCUACUCCACUGCACCAGGAUGUACCUCAGUGCUGAUUCUGUGCCCUAGUUCUACAAUAACGAACUUCUCCAAAUUCCCAGGUUCAUUUUCAUUUUCACUGAUGUAGCAUGCAUUGGAGGCCACCAAGAUCACCGGGCGGUGCCCACUGGUAUUAAAAUCUUCUUACAAAUUGUUGGCAACAAAGAAUGUAGCUAGGUUUACAUCUCGGCUAGCUCCCGCAAUCCAAGCAGAGGCUUUGGGACUGCUCCUUGCGGCCAAAUUCAGAAAAGGGCUCUCACGGACAAUGCCACAUUGGCAGCAACUGUUGCUGCGAAAGAUCUUAUUGCUGCUCUAGGCGAUGCUAGGAGGGCUUUUCACAUCUGGAGGGAUUUCAACUUCAAAGCUCAUAAUCAAGUGCGACUUUUGGAGUCUCCCCAUGUCUCCCAUGCCGUGCAGCAGGAAAAGAAGAAACAAAGUUGAUCCCGUGAUCUUUAGAAGCACAGUGGUACCACGCUUUAGUGUCUUAUAAAUGCGCCUUUUUUCAGUGGGAGGCAACGUUCCUGUCGAUAGCGAGCGGCCUAUGGUAACUUCAUCGAUCUUAAGACAUGUCGACUCAGUCUCUAGAAGGUGGUCAUAAGGAUAAGGAUAGAAUGUGCGUGCGCCCGACAGAUGUGAGUGUAGGUACGCAUUUAUAUGUUUGAAAAAAAAUCUAUUGCGUGUAUGUCUAGCAUGUUCCAUUUAGAUAAUUCGAAAGACAAUUGCCACGAAACCGAGUCAUAACUACCUCGUUUGUCCGGAGAGAAAAGGCAACAAAAAGGGAAACCAGAGGAGUCAGCAGAUAACCCCUAUCUCACUCGACGGCGGCGUCUCCGAGGUGCAGAUCUGGGAGGGAGGCGGGGAGCUGCAGCGGCGCUGGCAGAGGUCGAUUUCUUUGGCGGCGGACCGGCAGAGGCUCAGCGUUGAUUGCGACUGGCGAUUUGGAUGCGGCGGAGAUCCGCCGGCGUGCACUGCACCACGAGAGGACCAUCCAAUCUGUGGCGUUGGCGCGGUGGCGGUUGGGGUCUACGCCCGCUGCGUCAGGUCGGAGGCGACUUCGUGUAGCUCACCUAGGAGGCUAGCUCAGAGAAGUUGCAACCUGCAAAGAUCAAGGGCCGUUGAGUUUGUGCCUCCGCCAUGUGUAGACACCAAGGUUGGGCGGACCUGCCAGAUGCCCUGCUUCAUUCCAUUAUCCCACUGUCAGGUUCCUUCUCAGACCUUCUUUCCUUCGCUGCAACCUGCCGGUCUUGGCGUGCUUCCAUCUCCUCGUAUCCACUGAAAUCUACCUUGUCAGCGCUCUUCCCUCCUAUCCUCCUCCAACCAGAUAUCCCUGUGCGUUCUCCUCAUCAUCGCCCCUUUGGCGAUAAACUUCCAUGUCAUGUCAUUGAUCUGGCCAGCCAACACUCACACCUUCGCUGCCAGAUCCCCCUAGUUAACCUUUCUACUGCAAAUAAUGAUCCCCAGAGUCCUCUGGGUAGUUUUUGUUUCAUCGGUGCUUCUUGCGGUCAUCUCAUCUUCUCCAGAAACAGAUCAUGCCUUAUUGUUGAUGCUUUUACAGGUGUUAGUGUUUCACCUCCACAGAUACCAGGCGACGAAUACACCAAGGUCUACUACGGUGCCCUCACAGCUCCUCUAGCGUCACCCAACUCACAUCUACUUGUCAGCAACGAAUCACACACUUUCGUUUGGCGUGUUGGUAGUCACUCUUGGUUGAGACCUUCUCCUUGCGAUGGAACGGUCAAGCAGAUCGUGAACUUCAAAGGCCAGGUUGUUGGCAUGAACUCUAGUCAUGCGCUCUUUGUUGCGCACUUGGGACCUAAGAUUCGCGUACAGGAAGUGUUAGUAAGUUGUGCAGAAAUGCCCACCAUAGGGAAUCUUAGCAACCUAUGUCUGGUGGCUUGUGGCGAUAAGCUUCUCUUGGUCGGGUGUCAGGGAUCAUUUCCGGCCAGAGGGGAUACCUUUGAAGUUUUCCGCCUCUACCAGUCGACUGAUAGUCCAAAGUGGGUGAAGGUAGAGGACUUGGGGAAUUGGUCGAUCUUCAUCAGCACAGACAAGCGAAGCCAGCCGUUAUCUUGCAUGAACCCAGAGAGGUGGGGCGGGAGGAGCAACUGUGUCUACUGUUAUUCUCAUGAUUCUGAACACUGGAUUGCAUUUGAGCUAGGUAGGCCUGCCUCCAAUCCAAGCAACUUUGUUUUUAUAAGCUGUGGCAGUGUAGUGCAGCCUAUGUGGGUUGUCCCCAGCAUGUUCUCCGGUUGAUGAUGUUUGUACCCCCUUUUUUUUUAUGCAUUGGCUGUUAUGUGCUUGCUGUAGCAAGUGAGCAACUUCUGCUGUAAGAGUGUGUAAGGAUAUUCUAAAAUAUCGACAUUUAUGUUGGCAUGACUCUGGUGUUGU